CGAGCUUCCGGAGGCGCCAAGAACCGCGAUGUUUUAUUUGUGCUACAAACCGAGGCAAAAUCCAGCAUGAGUGCACUUGGGGCCAAGCGCAAAGCGCGCAAGAUUAUCAUACACAACGAGGACGACGAUGAGGAUACACCGCAGCCCACAUCCGACUUCGACCAAGGACCCGCGCUUCAACCCACAUUCAAGUCGCGCCCAUUGAAGCAAUCCUCCUUGCGCAAGGCGAUCAGCAUAUCAGACGAGACCCCGAAGCGCUCCGCAGAAGACGACGACCAAGACGGAGGCGCUCCCAUCGUCGUGCGCCCAUCUCUGGGAGGCCGAGGCGCCUCCUCAAAGCCAAAGAAACGCGCAGCACCUAGCUCCAAGCUCUCUUUCGGCGCGCCCACCCAAUCGCUUGGAGCCGGCGACGAUGACGAUGCCAUGGUUCUGGGCGGCGAGGAGCCUCCCAUUGAGGCGACCAACGGCAGCUUGGCAGCAUUCGCGACAGAAAAGGGUGCGCGCAAAAGGGGCUUGACCAAGAACAACCGCCUACCCUUACCGUCGGGACAGGAAGAGGAUCAAGACCGGCCGCGUUAUAGCAAAGAAUAUCUCUCCGAGCUCCAGAGUGCAACCCCAAAUACACCCGCCAACAUUGAGUCCCUGCAUAUAACAGACGACCACGUGGAAAUGUCUCUGGACCCGUCUGAGCUGGAAGGCGCGACUCUCGUCGAGACAUCCUCGACAUUAAAACCUACAGCUAUCUUGACCGACGCCGAGAUCCAGGAAAAGAAGGACCGACGCGCUAGGAGGGCGCAGGAGCCCGGCGCAGACGACUUCAUCUCCUUCUCCGACGACGAUCGUGGAACUGGAGAGUCGUACCUCUCGCUACUCGCGAAACGUCAAGAAGGCGUCAUUUCGCAGAAAAAAGAAAAGCGGUUGGUGAAUGAUGACAAUCUAGAUGAAGACGACUCGUUCUUCGUUGAGGAUGGCGGGCUCUCAUUGGGCGCCAGAGCAGAGAGGCAGGCGCAGAAGAAGAAGCGAGCAGAUAUCGCGUCUAUGAUCGCAAAGGCCGAAGGUGUAGAUGAUGAUGAGACCUCAGAUGACAGCGAGGCCGAGAGGAGGGCUGCAUACGAAGCCGCGCAGACCCGAGCAGGCAUGGACGGGCUUGCCGAGGAGCGGGAACAGCAGAAGCGGCGCCUUGCUCGGGACGGCGGCCAGGUUCCUCCCAAAAUCACACCCCUACCGGACCUGAGCGUCGCGGUCACAAAUUACAAGGCCAAGCUCGCACAAAAAUUGAGCGAAGUCCAGGCGGCGAAAGCCGAGAUCGAGAGGAUCAAACGCGAGCGGGAUGAUAUCAACCGAAGGGAGCCGGAGCUUCAGCAACUGCUGAACGAGGCAGGUGAGAGAUAUCGGUCCUUGAUGGGAGGGACUGGACCUGCUCCUGAGAACAGCGACACAAAUGGCACCGUGGCAGCAGCCAAGUCAUUGCUGAAUCAGUCCAAGCCCUCGGACACCCCUGGCAGGGGCCUUGAAAGCAUGGGUACAACGCCUUUGAGGCAAUCGGAGCAGAUGGACGAAAGUGCAUAGAAGAUCGCAAAAUGAUACCCAAAUUGAAAUUUAAUAGUGACAGAUACAUCCGAAGAACUGCUAACACGCCUAAAUAUAUUUGUCGAGUUGGAAA